GGGGCGCGCGGGGCGGAGGCUUGCGCGCGGUGGGCGGAGGUUGGAAGUGCCGGGUGGCGACAGCCGCGGACCCGGCUUGGGCGCCGGGUGGGAGGCGUGAUCCCCGCUAUGGCGGGGCAGGUUUCGCCGGCCGAGCUGGACUCGCUGCUGCUGCGGCUGCUGGAGGACCUAGAGGAGCUGGAGGCGAAACGGACGGCUCUGAACGCCCGCGUGGAGGAGGGCUGGCUGUCGCUCUCCAAGGCUCGCUACGCCAUGGGUGCCAAGUCCGUAGGGCCCCUGCAGUACGCCUCGCACAUGGAGCCCCAGGUCUGCGUCCGCACCAGCGAGUCCCAGGACGGACUCCAGCAGUUCCGGGUGAUGAGAGCCGGCGCCCGGAUCCCGGAGGAAGUGGGGCCCCGCGAGGCAGCAGCUUUGCGCAGGCGCAAGGGCUCUGCUAAGACCCAACAGCCUGAGCCCUCAGCAGCCCCCCGGGACCCUCUGAACUGGUUCGGGAUCCUGGUUCCUCACAGUCUGCGGCAGGCCCAAGCCAGCUUCAGCGAGGGCUUGCAGCUGGCCGCAGAUAUAGCCACCCUCCAGACCCGCAUCGACUGGGGUCGAAGCCGGCUCCGGGGCCUCCAGGAGAAGUGCCAGCAGCCUGAACCCGGGGCUGCCUGACUUGUAUCCAGCCUCUCUGUUCUUCUUUCUUCAUUGAUUGCCCUACUCCCCACCACAACUAAUUCCCCUCUCCUUAAUGCUUCCCUGUCUGCAUGUUUACAACUCUGAAGAGACAAAACGAGUCAUGUUAGAAACCACUUCUAGGCGCACAUUCUCACAGGACACACUCAGGUGGGCAGGUAAAGGACCAGAAACAGGCUUAUGAUUCCCCUGUUUGGCUGCUGACAGGAGUGGGCACGUUCCCUGCAUCCUCAAAACUGAAUUUGAGGGAAGAACACACCACCUGCAGCUGACAGGUUAGGACAGGCUGAUACUACGUAAAUGAACAAACAGAACACUGAGUAGAUGGGCAGCCUUGGCACGUUUUAAGUGGGAAAGUAAAAAAAAAAAAAAAGUCUGGGUUAGAUUUUUCAAGGAAACUUUAGGAAGAGACCUGGGUUUUUAACAUCUGCACUUGUCAGGAGUGAAGUUGAGCCUCUGUUGGUUGAAGGGCCAGUUGUAUUUGCUGUUCUGGGAACUCUGUCCAUGUCCUCGUUUCAUUUGUCGACUGGGUUGUUGCUCUUUUUAACACUUUAUGGGAGCUGUUUAUGUUUGGGGGAAAUUAGUCUUUUGUUCAUAAUAUGAGAUGUAAAUUUUCCCCCAGUUUGCCUUUUUUUUGUUGUUUUUAACUUUUUACUUGUAAAAUAAAACAUCACAGAAAACUGCGCAGAACAAUUGAAUAACUUAAUGAAUAAAUAAGGUAAACUAUAGUAACCAAGUCAACUUUUGAAUUUCUCAUCAAUCAGCUGUUUUAUGAUUUCUGGAUUUGGGAUUAUGAUUGAUGAGAUGAUAAGGAAAUCCAGUGUUUGCUUUUGUGAGCUUUUGUGGAUUUAGUUGGGGUAUGGGGUGAGUCCUGCAUUCAACUUUUUCUUGUCUACCAUGGCAUCUGUGUACUACCUGUUGACUAACCACCCUUACACCUGACUUGAGAUGCCCCCUUUAUCUUUCAUUUAAUUUAAGCACACACUGGCUAUAUUUUUGGAACUUCCAUUCUGUUUCAUUGGUUUCCCUGUCAGUUCACACACUUGUACCACACUGUUAAUUCCUGACUCUUUAACACAUUAUAAUCCCUGUACAGCAUAUUCGGAGUUGGACUGGGGGGAAGUCUCCAAAUUCUUUUUGGCCAUGUUGACUUUGAGCUCCUAGUGAAAAUCUAAAGGAAGGAACCCCUGUGGUGAGGAAAAAAAACAUCCCCCACCUAGUCCUAAAGAAGGUUGAAUUUCAGAACAACAUCCUGCUGUCUAUGAAGCGCGCUGCCUGAAUAAAGAAAAAAAUACAUUCA